AUGUCAUCAGCAGCCGUGCCAGCCCAGACCCCUCCGGACAGGAAAUGGUGGAAGGAGGUAGUGGUCUACCAAAUUUACCCAGCCAGCUUCCUUGACUCAGAUGGGGACGGACUCGGUGACCUCCCGGGCAUCAUCUCAAAGCUUGACUACAUCCAGUCAGUAGGAGCGACCGCCAUCUGGCUAUCCCCCAUCUUCAAGAGUCCUCAGCAUGAUAUGGGAUAUGAUGUCUCUGACUAUCGUGACAUCCAUCGCCCCUAUGGAACUAUCCAAGAUGUCGAAAACUUGAUCCAAGGCUGUCAUGACAGGGGUAUCAAGGUACUCCUAGAUCUGGUGGUCAACCAUACCAGCCACGAGCAUGAAUGGUUCCGAGAGUCACGUUCGUCAAAGACGUCUCCCAAAAGAGACUGGUACUUCUGGCGUGAUCCCAAGUUUGAUUCAGACGGGAGUCGCAAGCCACCCAACAACUGGGCUUCUAUCUUUGGCGGUAGUGCCUGGACCUACGACGAGCCCACGGGCCAAUAUUAUCUAUCGCUCUUCCUACCUGAGCAGCCUGACCUGAACUGGGCCAAUGAAGAUAUGCGUCGAGCGACAUAUGCCGACAUGCAGUUCUGGCUCGACAAGGGCUCGGAUGGCUUCCGCAUCGAUUCGAUGAACCUCAUGUCGAAGCACCCGGAUCUCCCUGAUGCACCCAUCACACGACCCGGUGCCGAGUUCCAACCGGGAGACAAGUACUUUGCCAGCGGCCCGCGCAUGCACGAGUACAUCCGGGAGAUGCGAGAGGAGGUCCUGGACAAGUAUGACUGUAUGACUGUCGGAGAAUUAGGCUUCACCAAAGAUGAGGAAAGUGUCGCCAGCUACGUCGCCAAGGAUAGGCAUGAGCUGGACAUGCUGUUCACGGGAGAUAUUGUGGAUAUGGAUUUCGGAGCCAACCACAAAUAUGAGCGAGAUGACUUCCGGCUCUCCAAGCUCAAGGCCAUCACCAGCCGCUGGCAAGGAGCCAUGCCUAAAUUCGACGGCUGGAACUCGGUUUAUAUGGAUAACCACGACUCCGGUCGCUCCUUGUCACGCUAUGGAUCGGAUAUACCUGCGCACAGAAAAGAAGCGGCCAAGAUGCUGGCUAUAUAUCUGGGAACGUUGAGCGGAACUCUCUUCCUCUUGCAAGGCCAAGAGAUUGGCAUGGCGAAUGUGCCAGAGUCGUGGAAAAUCGACGACUACAUUGACGUCGAAGGGUUAAACUACUACAAAUCUGAGCUUAAGAAGAGAGGCCCGGGAGCUGACAUGUCGGAUGUCAUGAGGGAGAUGAGACUAAAGGCACGUGACAAUGGGAGGCUGCCGAUGCAGUGGACUGCGCACAAGAACGCCGGCUUUACACAGGGCAACCCUUGGAUGCGUGUCAACGAGGACUACGCAGAGUGGAAUGUUGCGCAGCAGGAAAAAGACGGUGACAGCGUAUUAGCCUUCUGGGGGCAGAUUCUAGAGCUCCGACAGCGAGAGAAAGAUGUCUUUGUGUACGGGCAUUUCUCGGUCUUGCCAGAGUAUGAAACAAGCGAGGACAUCUUUGCAUACACGAUGACUAGCUUUCACGGGAGGGCGGCUCUGAUCUUGCUCAACUUCUCGGAUCGGGAGCAGCAGGUCGACUUAAAGGGCUAUAGUUGCGCAAAGAAGUUACUUGGCAAGGGUGCCGAUGACUUCAACGAGGAUGGCAUAACCCUCGGGGCUUAUGAGGGUGUGGUGUAUGCGAACUGGUAA